AUGAGAGAUGCCCUUGACAUCUUGAUCCCCAAGCUUGCCAAGGUGCUCCACAACCUCCAGGGGUUCGCACUUGAGUGGAAGUCUGAGCCAACCCUGUCCUUCACCCAUCUUCAGCCUGCCCAGAUCAGCACUGUCGGCAAGCGAGCGGCGGGAUGGGCCCAGGACCUGAUGCUGGAUCUCGCCGAGCUUGAGCGUGUGCGAGCUGAGCUCCGCUUCCGCGGCGCGCAGGGUACUACCGGCACGCAAGCAAGCUUCCUCGAGAUCUUUGGCGGUGACCACGCCAAGUGUGAUCAGCUCAAUGAGCUCAUCUGCCAGAAGGCUGGCUUUGAAGAGUGCUAUGAUAUCUCUACGCAGACCUACACGAGAAAGAUUGACUGUCUCGUGGCCAACGCUGUUACUGGUCUGGGAUCUACUGUCACCAAGAUUGCCUCUGAUUUGAGACAUCUUGCCUACAUGAAGGAAGUUGGAGAGCCUAGAGAGAAGGGUCAGAUUGGAAGCAGUGCUAUGGCCUACAAGCAGAACCCUAUGAGAUCUGAGCGCAUUGCCAGUCUCGCAAGGGUGCUUCAAGGCAAGGCAGCCAACUUCAACAACACCCAUGCGGCCCAGUGGAUGGAGAGAUCUUUGGACGACUCCGCCAGCCGAAGAGUUGAUAUCCCCGAGAUGUUCCUUCUCGCGGACGCUAUCACUAUUACCCUGUCAAACGUGACUGGAGGCCUUGUGGUCUUCCCCCGUAAGAUUCACUCCAACCUCUUGGCAGAGCUGCCCUUCAUGAUUACGGAAAACAUCAUCAUGAGACUGGUCGCCCAGGGCGUUUCCAGACAGGAGGCCCAUGAGCAGAUUCGCGUCCUUUCGUUCCAGGCCUCGAACGAGGUGCAAAACGAGGGCCGUCCCAACGAUCUCGUGGAGAGAAUCAAGAAGACGGAGUUCUUCAAGCCCAUUUGGGCUGAUCUCGACGGCAUGAUGAAGCCGGAGCUCUACGUUGGCCGCAGUGCCCAGAUUGUUGACAAGUUCUGCGGACCCGGUGGCAAGCUUGCCAAGAAGCUUGAGCCUUACCAGGCGGCCAUCAAGGACGCCAAGGCGGCUGAGUUGAACGUUUGA